AUGCAGCCUCAGUCUCUUUCUGCUGGGGGCUCCUCGACUUCAGCUUCGACAUCAGGCCCGGGGUCUCGCUCUGAGUUCCUUAAGAGCAUAGACCGUCUGCUGCUUGAGUGCAGUCACAGUGUUGCGGGCUCCAGUGAACUGGAGCUGCCGUGGGAGUCUGGCAUUCUUAAAGAGAUAUUCUGCCCGGAGCAUGCUGCCCCGAUCAUCCCUUCAGUGAAAUUUCCUUUUGAUAUUCCCAUUUCUUCAGCUUCGAGCCUUGGUGAAGCGGAGAAGCUUGCAAAGCCGGAGCCUCGAUCCUGCAGCUUCUUUAAAGCCGUUUCUCAAAAGGUCAGAGUGGUGAAGGAGUCUUUUGAGAAGGGAACGCAACUCGUCUCGGAUGCACUUGGGGGUAAAGCCCUGUCUACCCUCCAGAAAAGGUACGGGCAAUUAUCCAAGUACGUCACUUGGUGCAACGACACAGGGUGCAUAGGUUUCCCCCUUUCUUCGGAUCUUGUGCGGCAAUACACCGAGUUUGCAGUGAAGACCAAAGGGCAUGGGUCAGUGUCAAGCAACCUUGAGUCUUUCAACUUUGCGAUCUAUGUCCUUGGUGUUUUCAUUGGUGAGCCUCUCCGGUCUGACCCGGUCUUGACAGGACGUGCUCGACGCGAGAGAUUGAACAAGCCUCCCAGGAGGCAGGCACGCUCGUUUCUCGUUGCAGAAGUGCUUCACCUCGAGGGUUUCCUUGCAUCCGAAUCCAAUGCACUAUUGGACCGAUUUGCCGCUGGUUGCAUGCUCUUCGCGAUCUUUGCCAGGGUUGCGCGGCAAGUGGAUCAAGACCUUCUUCAGAAGGACGAUGGUUCCGCGCUGUUGUGUGUGCCCACGUCUGUGGGCUCUUUGCUCAACCAUCCGAUCAAGAAUGAAGCCUUCGUAGUGUGGAUCAAUGGCAUCCUUAAGGAUCUCCCUUUCUUCGGAGGUCACUUCACCGGCCACACAGCGAAGUCUACUUUACUUCCUUGGUUGGCCAAAUGGGGCGGCUCUGAGGAUGACAGGGCCAUUCUUGGGCAUCACAUGCCUAAGAGCAAGAGCGUAGCCACUUACAGCAGAGAUCUUCAGGCUGGUCCUUUGAGAGUGCUGUGGUCUCUUCUAUGUGACGUUCGGUCUGGAGCUUUCCUUCCUGAUUGCACACGCUCUGGCCGCUUUGUACGUCAGGUCGAGGAUUCAGGAGUGGAGCCGGCUCUUGACGUUCCUGCUGGUCUCCCUGAUGGGGCCCUCAGCCCUGAUCUUGACUUCGGUGUCUUCGGUGAGGGCCAAGGGCCUGUGAACAUGGGCAGCGAGGUUGGCCCUGAGGAGGAGUUAGCGUGGUACCGUAACCAAGAGCUGGAGGAUGCUGACAUCGAUGCUUUCCUCAACGAGAGCCGUGGCAGAGAGCUUGAGCCCCGGGAUUUCUCAGACCUUCCGCCCGAACCGGGAGCUUCUGAUGAUCUCAAUGUGGAGGGGGAUCGAGAUGGCAGCGGUUCGGACUCUGAAUCGAGUUCGAGCUCCAGCUCUUCUUCAAGUUCUUCAAGUGCUGAUGAGAAGGUCCAGGCAGCGAGCGACUUAGCAUGCAGAUUGAAGCACCACGUCGUGGAGGGAUGCAAGCUUUACCAGCAUUGCAGGACAAAGACUGUGCAUCGCAUGCUUGAAAACUCGAGCGACGAUAAGUUUGUUUGUGGCAGGCCUCUCACCAAAGACCAUCGCCCCUUCAGGACUUUGGUCAAGAUCACUGCUUGGGAUUGCAAGCAAUGCGCUCAGAGAAAGCCGAUUAGCAACACCGGUGCCCUUGUCGGUGCGCUUGAUGUUGCCUUGGGCAAGCGAUGA